AUGCAUAUUAUAAAGGAACAAAAUUUACCAACUCGUGGAGCAAUUCGAGCUCAUGAUGGACAUUUUUUAACUAAAGAUACAAAGAAUUCUGUAUUACAAUUUCAUUGGAAUAAAGAUGAUCCAUUAAAUGAAAAGCAACAACAUUCCAUCUUUCGAAUUGAUCAAAAUGGAGAGUUACAUGAUGAAGAAGGGAGGAGAAUUAUAUGGAAAUCUAAAAAUGAGAAAAUUUAUUGGAUUAAAGUUGAACAAUUAGGAAAAAAUGAGUAUGUGUUGAAAACUAUCGAUACUGAAAAUAACAAGGAUAAAAAGUAUAUUACAAUUAAUAUUGAAGAUUUGGAAUUAAAAGAUGAACCCGAAUCAUCAUCUAUUUUCACUAUAAUUACUUAG